UCUAUAACAGAGAGAUUGCAAAUGCCCACCAAUCGACAAUUGCUGUGUAAAACUAAAUUUCUUCUGCCUGUGUUUCUAUUUUACCAAUGGCAGAGUCAGGGAGGAGGAAAGCAGGUGCAUGGAUAUUAAUUUUGCAUUUUGUAAUGACACUAAGUUCAAUGCAAUAUCAAUCUUGUUUAGCAGCUUGUCCACCGCCACCAGUCAAUUGCCCUCCUAACACAGAGACCUGCUACCUCACUAAUUACCGUGGCGAAUGGGAGGAUCAGAUACCCUGCAAGGCUGCCAUCGCAUUUUUUCCCAAGACCGAAUCAGAGCUUAUUCAAGCAGUUGCAUAUGCGGUAAAGGAGGAGAAAAAAAUUAAAGUUGUAACCGGGGGUUCCCACUCGAUAGCCCGUUUUGCGUGCCCAGGUGGAAACAGCGGCGUUGCAAUCAGCACUCGGGACUAUAAUUCACGAAUCGAGAUCGACGAGAAAUCUAUGACAGUUACUGUUGACGCCGGGGUUGAGUUAAGAAAGCUCCUCGAUGCGCUUGCAGCGAAGGAGCUUGCGUUACCUCAUACGACCGACUGGGAUGGCUUGUCCAUGGCCGGAGUGAUUAGCACGGCGGCUCAUGGGAGCAGUUUGUGGGGAAAGGGCGGCGGAAUCCACGAUCAUGUGGUGGGCAUUAGCAUUGUGAUUCCUGCGCCUGCUCACCAAGGCUACGCAAAGCUUAUUCAUUUGACAGAGAAAGACGAGGAAAUCAGAGCCGCUAGACUCUCGCUGGGAGUAUUGGGAGCCAUUUCUCAGGUGACAUUUGCGGUGGAGAAGAUGUUCAAGCGGUCGAUCACCCUGAACCUCAAAGAUGACUCGGAUCUGGAAAAUUCGUUUGUCAAGUUUGCUGAAUCACAUGAGUUUGGUGAAAUGUAUUGGUACCCUUCAUUCUCUGGAAUGCUGCAAUCUAUACAGGACAGAGUCCCCGUUGGUAACCCGGGAAACGGAAAGAGGUCCGAGAUUUCCUUUCUACCGGUGACUGUGCAGAGCCUCGUACAAAGCAGGGCAACCCAGGAACUGAACAAUGCGAAGGUAAAUGUGAGUAAUCUCUGCAAGUCAGCCAAGACGCAGGUUGAGCAAGGCGUGAUAGCGGGGAAUGGAUAUCUCAACGACGGAAGAUCCUUCAAUGGAUUUCCUGUUGUAGGUUAUAGUCACCUCAUGCAGAGUUCCUCCGGUUGCCAGAUCGAUCCACGCAGCGAUGAGCACGAAAUGUGUCCGUGGGAAGGAAAAGAUUUAAAAAGCAACGACACUAUAUGCGCUUGGGACACGCAGGUGAAGGGCAACUUCUAUUAUCAUACGUCAAUUGCGAUUCCUCUGUCGAGAAUAGUAGAAGCCAUUAAAGACAUGAAGAAGAUCCGCAAUAUUGAUCCAACUGCACUGUGCACGCUUGAUUCCUUUCUGGGAGUGCAAUUUCGAUAUUUUAAAAAGUCCACCGAUUACUUGUCCCACAAGGAAGACAGCGCUGUAGUUGAGUUUAUUUAUUUCCGUUACCGCGAGCUCGGGACACCGCGAUGGAAUGGGUAUGUAAUAGACGAGAUUGAACAGAUGCUUUUGCAGAAAUACGGAGGAGUGCCCCACUGGGGGAAGAAUCGGGUGUAUACAUUCCAAGGAGCUGCCAAACGAACUGUGAAUCUUGUAAAGUUUUUGAAAGUGAAGAAGAAGUUUGAUCCACAGGGAUAUUUCUCUAGCGAGUGGUCAGAUGGAGUGCUGGGAAUUGGGAAAAAUGUAGAAGUAUGGCGAGAUGGAUGUGCUCUGGAUGGGCUGUGUGUUUGCAAAGAAGAUCGUCAUUGUGCUCCCGAAAAGGGAUUUGUGUGUAGAGCUGGGAAAAUUUGGAAGAAAGCUCGUGUCUGCAUAAAUGUUUAAUGCCUGUAUGUCUAUUAUGAAGAUUUCAAAAUAAAACGGCCCACAAUGUUGCAACCAUUUAUCGUACCUAAUACUGUAAGCUGCCGGGCUCUAAUCACUGAAUAAAUUGUUUGUUUUGUUAA